AGGCGGGAGCCGUGUCGCACGCAGCUCCAGGCGGGGCAGCCCCGGCGGCUGAGGGACGCAGCCAGACCUUGGCGGGACGGGGAUUUAACCGGGGCCCGGGCUCAGCGACCAGGUGGAGACAUCGCCCGAGCCAUUUAGGCACCAAGGGAAAUGAGGGUUUGCCUGCAAUGAGAUUUCAUUCUCUACAUACAAAGGACAUCCUUUCUGAGCUGCUGUGAAUAAAUUUGGAAUGAUACUGUAUAUUUUCAUCUGAUGGAGAAUUAGCUGUACCUUGAGUUUGGAUUGCUGCACUGGACGACCUAAGAAUAUCGCUCACGAUGUCAUCAAACAGGAGUCAGAAUCCCCAUGGACUGAAGCAGAUUGGCCUUGACCAGAUCUGGGACGACCUCCGCGCUGGAAUCCAGCAAGUAUAUACCAGACAAAGUAUGGCGAAAUCCAGAUACAUGGAGCUCUACACUCACGUUUAUAACUACUGCACGAGUGUUCACCAGUCAAACCAGGCCCGAGGGGCUGGCGUCCCUCCCUCCAAAUCGAAAAAGGGUCAGACGCCUGGGGGAGCUCAGUUUGUUGGCUUGGAAUUAUACAAACGACUUAAAGAAUUUUUGAAGAAUUACUUGACAAAUCUUCUUAAGGAUGGAGAAGAUUUGAUGGAUGAGAGCGUACUGAAGUUCUACACUCAACAAUGGGAGGAUUAUCGAUUUUCCAGCAAAGUGCUGAACGGAAUCUGUGCCUACCUCAAUAGACAUUGGGUUCGCCGUGAAUGUGACGAGGGACGGAAAGGAAUAUAUGAAAUCUAUUCUCUUGCGUUGGUGACUUGGAGAGAUUGUCUGUUCAGGCCAUUGAAUAAACAGGUAACAAAUGCUGUUUUAAAACUGAUUGAAAAGGAAAGAAACGGUGAAACCAUCAACACAAGACUGAUAAGUGGAGUUGUACAGUCUUACGUGGAGUUGGGGCUGAAUGAAGACGACGCCUUUGCCAAGGGCCCUACGCUGACAGUGUAUAAAGAGUCCUUUGAAUCUCAGUUUUUGGCCGACACGGAGAGAUUUUAUACCAGGGAGAGCACUGAAUUCUUGCAGCAGAACCCAGUGACUGAAUAUAUGAAAAAGGCAGAGGCCCGUCUGCUCGAAGAACAACGAAGAGUCCAGGUCUACCUUCACGAAAGCACACAAGAUGAACUAGCAAGGAAGUGCGAGCAAGUGCUCAUUGAAAAACACCUGGAGAUUUUCCACACAGAAUUCCAGAAUUUGUUGGAUGCUGACAAAAAUGAAGAUUUGGGGCGCAUGUAUAAUCUCGUAUCUAGAAUCCAGGAUGGCCUAGGAGAAUUGAAAAAACUUCUAGAGACACACAUCCAUAAUCAGGGUCUCGCAGCCAUUGAAAAGUGUGGAGAAGCUGCUCUAAAUGACCCCAAGAUGUAUGUACAGACAGUGUUGGAUGUUCACAAAAAAUACAAUGCCCUGGUGAUGUCGGCGUUCAACAACGAUGCUGGUUUUGUGGCUGCACUUGACAAGGCCUGUGGUCGCUUCAUCAACAACAACGCAGUUACCAAAAUGGCCCAGUCGUCCAGUAAAUCCCCCGAGUUGCUGGCUCGAUACUGCGACUCCUUGUUGAAGAAAAGUUCCAAGAACCCAGAAGAAGCAGAGUUAGAAGACACGCUCAACCAAGUGAUGGUGGUCUUCAAGUAUAUAGAGGAUAAAGACGUGUUCCAGAAAUUCUAUGCAAAGAUGCUGGCCAAAAGACUAGUACAUCAGAACAGUGCCAGUGAUGAUGCCGAAGCAAGCAUGAUCUCUAAACUAAAGCAAGCUUGUGGUUUUGAAUAUACCUCUAAACUUCAGCGGAUGUUUCAAGACAUUGGUGUGAGCAAAGAUUUGAAUGAGCAGUUCAAAAAGCACCUGACGAACUCAGAACCGCUAGACUUGGACUUCAGCAUCCAGGUGCUAAGCUCCGGGUCGUGGCCCUUCCAGCAGUCCUGCACGUUCGCCUUGCCGUCAGAGCUGGAACGCAGUUAUCAGCGAUUCACAGCUUUUUACGCUAGCCGUCACAGUGGCAGAAAACUGACCUGGCUGUAUCAGCUGUCCAAAGGAGAAUUGGUAACCAACUGCUUCAAAAAUCGAUACACUUUGCAGGCAUCCACCUUCCAGAUGGCGAUCCUGCUUCAGUACAACACGGAAGACGCGUAUGCUGUGCAGCAGCUGACUGACAGCACUCAGAUCAAAAUGGACAUUUUGGCACAAGUCCUACAGAUUUUAUUGAAGUCGAAGUUACUGGUUCUGGAAGACGAGAACGCGAACGUUGAUGAGGUGGAAUUGAAGCCAGACACCUUAAUCAAAUUGUAUCUCGGUUAUAAAAAUAAAAAGUUAAGGGUUAACAUCAACGUGCCGAUGAAAACCGAACAGAAGCAGGAACAGGAGACCACACACAAAAAUAUCGAGGAGGACCGCAAGCUGCUGAUUCAGGCGGCCAUCGUGAGGAUCAUGAAGAUGCGGAAGGUCUUGAAGCACCAGCAGCUGCUCGGAGAAGUGCUGACUCAGCUGUCCUCGAGGUUCAAGCCGCGGGUCCCAGUGAUCAAGAAAUGCAUUGACAUUCUGAUCGAGAAGGAAUAUCUGGAGCGAGUUGAUGGGGAAAAGGACACCUACAGUUACUUGGCUUAGCCCUUCCGGAAGGGUCUGCCUGUGCGAGCCGCAGCAGGUGGUUCCGGCCGAGAGAAGAGCUCCACCCAGCUCGCAGCAGCCAGCCUGGCGCCGUCCGGACCUCCCUUUUUAAAACCGAGGCCGAGGCCCCACCGGCCGGUCUCAGACGAACAUCAGAACUGCUCAGGAUUGACACGUUUCAAGUCUGUAAAUACGGACACCGACGCCAUUUAACCUAAUUUAAGAAGAGGGGCGUCGCGCCCCGAGGGCUGCAUGCUACCGCAUUUAAACCAGUCCAUUGGCUGCGAGGCCGACGGCCGCCGUCCUCGGGCAUCGGCGUUGGCAGCACCCCCUUUGAGAGCAAGUCUCACGGACCCACGUUAGUCUGCUAUGAAAAACCAUUUGUAUAGUGUGUUUCAUUUUUUAAUGUGUGAAAAUAAAGAGAAUUAAAGAAUUUCCGUACAGGU